UCACAGUCCCAAGGUCGACUGCCCAGCCCAGAUCAAGCAUCUUUGGCCACACCACCAUCGAGCAUCCCCACGCUCCUCCGUCGAUACCAGCUCCUCGCUCUGCGCGUGAUCCGCCGUCAAUGAACAGCCUCCUGCGGUCCCUGCACACGUCGUGCUCUGCCCUGGCCCGGCAUUCCGUAUCGCCGCUGGUCUCGUCGCUGCGGUCGCCGGCUCCUGCCUCGCUCGGCUCGCUCGUCCCGAUCCGGGGAUCAAAGUACAGCUCCAAUGAAGGAAAAAAGCUCCCAGGAUACAUCCUGCCCAAGCAAAAGGCCAAGACCAACAUCCUCAAAACCAUGAUCAGGGCCCGAUGGUUCCGCAUGAGAAUCGGAAAGCAGGGACAGCGGCCCAGACGACCGGGAUACGGCCACAAUGACUCGAUUCUCUCCAAGAUGAACAUUUAAUCCAAUAAAGCAGCAUCUGCACUCAAUCGCCUGGAAUCGAUGGGAUAGCCGCUGGGAUAGCCGCUGGGAUAGCCGAUGGGAUAGCCGAUGGGAUAGCCAAUUGCCGACGGAACUCAGACUCGCAGCAUAUCGCAAACAUGUGGCAG